AUGCCACCACGUGAAGAGUUCCCGACUAAAGGAUUGGAGGGUGCACCAAGUAAUGAUAUAGGUUGGCACUUUGGAACUCCAGUGCCAAAUGCGAGAGGAAGUAUCGUCUGUAAACUUUGUGGUAAAGUUGUGAAAGGAGGAAUAACACGAUUUAAAGAGCACAUUGCUCAUAAAACCAGCAAUGUUGCACCAUGCCCUAAUGUUACUGGUGUCAUUAGAGAAAGUAUGAUGAAUGUACUAAAAGAAAGCAACACAAAGAAAAUAGACAAAAAGAGGAGAAAAGAUAAAUUCUUAUCUCAAUUAACAGAAGAGGAGGAUGAGCACGAGGGAUUCAUUGAUGAGGUUUCUGCUAUAAGGCAAGCAACUCGAGAAAGUAUCCAAUCACAACACGAGUGGCAUAGAAGGGAAGAAUUCAGACGAAGUACUGGUGGUUGGGAUAACAUUUAUGAAGAAGGGCGAUCUUCUCAUGGAUCAGUUAGAGAACAUAAUAGAGAAAGAACAAGUAAAUCUAUUCCAGGUGAGUCUGAGUUUACCUUAAGGGGAGUUAUACCUAAAUUGGUUAAAAGCAAAAGUUCAAAGCAACCAAAGGUCAAUGACUCUUUUUUAAAGAGUUUUCGAAGGAAGAUAGGUGAAGCGGUAUCUAAAUUUAUAAUAUAUGAAAGACUUCCUUUUCAAUUAGCAAGCUCUCCAUGGUUGUAUAACUUAAUUCAAGUGGCAACAGAAGUUGGACAAGGUAUAAAGCUCCCAACACCUUAUGAGGUUUCAGAUGUGUAUUUGGAGUCAGAGUAUCAACGAGUUCAUGAUUGGGUAAAUGUACUAAAGACUCAUUGGAAAGAAUUGGGUGCAAUUCUAAUGUGUGAUGGUUGGACCAACAGUUUGAAUCAAAUGCACAUCAUUAAUUUUCUUGUUUAUUGCAGUAAAGGAACCAUUUUUUGGAAAUCGGUAGAUGUCUCAAGUGUCCGUAGUAGAGAUGUUGAAUUCUACUACCGUUUGUUAGAUUCAGUUGUAGAAGAAAUUGGAGAAAAUUACAUUGUCCAAAUAGUGACUGAUAAUGAGGCAGCAAUGAAAGCUGCUGGAAAAAAAUUAAUGUUGAAAAGACAACAUCUAUAUUGGACCUCAUGUGCAACUCACUGUUUAGAUUUAUGCCUUGAAGAUAUUGGGAAAAAGCCUAGUGUAGCAAAAGUGUUAGAUGAGGCAAAAAAAGUGACUUGCUUUAUAUACAAUCACAUUUGGACUGUUGAUUUGAUGAAGAAGUAUACACAAGGGAAACAAAUACUUCGACCCGCUCUUACUCGAUUUGCAACUCAUUUCAUUCAACUUGAAGAGAUAACAAGACAAAAGCAAGGAAUUUAA